CCUCCUCAAAAAUAAAAAGAUGCUAGAAGGGAUGGCUACUAUGACAAUGAAUGAAGAACUAUCAGGCAUCUUGCAUAAUCAUCUUCCCAUCAAGCGCUAAGAUCCAGGAAGCUUCACUAUCCCUUGCUUUAUUGGCAACAUUUGCAUUGGGAAGUCGUUGGCGGACCUAGGGGCCAGUAUUAAUGUGAUGCCGUAUAGGUUAUUCAAGAAGCUAGACCUAGGUGAAGCUAGAGCCACUAGGAUGAACAUCCUUUUGGCGGACAGAUCCAUAGUCCAUCCUAAGGGUAUCAUAGAGGAUCUACUGGUUAAGGUUGGAACCUUGAUAUAUCCGGUUAAUUUUGUUAUUCUUGAUAUAAAUGAUAAUGUGGAUGUUCCCCUUAUUUUGGGUAGGCCUUUCUUGGCUACCGCUAAGACUUUAAUUGAUGUGCAUGAGGGGAAGAUUGGUGCUUAGGGCAGGAGAUGAGGAGGUUACCUUCUCCAUAUAUGAUAGCAUGAAGUUUUCUUACCUACAUGAUGAUGUCGAUUGUUGUGAUGAGGUGUCCGAUUUUAUUUUGGCACUAGCAUUUGCGGGUGCCAACGCUACUAACCCCAUAAGGAGUGUUUUUUGGUAGGGGCUGACAACUUGGAAUCUCAAAGUGAGGGAGAGAAACCGUUCUUUGAGGAGGCCUGCUUAGCAACCCCGAAACUGGAGGUGGAAACCUUGCCUCCCAUACCUAAGAUCCCCACCUCAUUGGAAGAGUCAACCGAGUUGGAGCUGUUACCUAGCCAUCUUGAAUACGAUCUCUUGAGGGAUGAUGUCAAGCUCUCGAUAAUCAUAAAUUCACAUCUAACAUCAGAGAAAAAGACCAAAUUGAUUGAGGUCAUGCGUCCCAGUGAGAAGGCCAUUACUUGAAAGAUCAUGAACAUCCGGGGAAUCAGCCCUUCAUUCUGUUCACAUAAGAUCCUAAUGGAAGAGGAUGCCAAGCCAUUCCGGCAACCUCAACGAAGAGUGAAUCCUAACCUGGAGAAGUGGUGAAGGCUGAAGUAUUAAGCUCUUGGAUACCAGGAUAAUUUACUCCAUCUCUGACAGUAGGGGUGGCAAUUCGGUUAUUUCGGUUAUAACCGGUAACCGAUUGACCGGUUAUCGGUUAACCGAAAUAAACACCCCCCUUACCGAAAACCGACCGAAAUAGUCUUCGGUUUCUCGGUUAACCGAACCACGUUUAAGACCAAAAAACAUUUUAGCCAGCUUCCGAUAACCGACCGAAGUUCGGUUACUUCGGUUAUCGGUUAGUGGAUAACCGGCCGGUUAUCGAUUUAACCAUCCGGUUAACCGGUAACCGGUAACCGAACUGCCACCCCUAUCUGACAGUUAGUGGGUGAGCCCUACUCAAUUGGUGCCUAAGCAAGGAGGAAUUAUGGUGGUGGUCAAUGAGAAGGACAAGCUCAUCCCCACAAGAACGGUGACUGGAUGGCAUGUGUGCAUCGACUACUGUCAACUAAAUGAUCCUACCCGGAAAGACCACUUAUCUUUUCCCUUCAUCGACCAAAUUCUGGAGAGGCUUGCGGGUCAUGACUACUACUGUUUUCUGGAUGGAAUGUCUGGAUACUUUCAAAUAUCUAUAGCCCCUGAAGUCAAGCCAAGACGACAUUCACUUGCCCUUUCGGAACAUUUGCAUAUAGACACAUUCCUUUUGGAUUGUGCAAUGCCCCGACCACAUUCCAAAGGUGCAUGAUCACUAUUUUCGACAAGCUUGUGGGGGAGAUCAUGGAAGUGUUCAUUGACAAUUUUUCGGUAUUAAGGGAUUCAUUCGCUCACUGCUUGGCAAGUUUGGAGAAGGUCCUGGCACGUUGUGAAGAAACCAAUCUAGCUUUGAGUUGGGAGAAGUCGCAUUUCAUGGUGCGGGAAGGCAUUGUGCUGGGGCAUAAGAUAUCCAAGAAAGGCAUUGAGGUUGACAAAGCUAAAGUUGAGACCAUAAGCAAGCUUCCACCAUCGACGCCGAUAAGGGAAUCCAGAACUUCCUUGGACAUGUGGGGUUAUCCCGCCAGUUUAUAGAAAAUCUCUCAAAGAUUGCGCUACUGACACGCUACGACACAACACUAAACUAUGACCAAGUGUAAUCGCAGUCCGGAAAUGCAGAAUAGUGGUAAGUUUAAUUUAUCAACCCGGGGACUAGAUGUACUGCCUACUCCGUGAUUAUCUAUUAUCUAGUGGGAUUAAGUGAAUGUAGGUGAGUUCAAAGUAAAGCAGAAAGAAAGCAGUAAAUUGUCCGGUUUCCUAAAGCAAGAGAAGAGUCACUCAGGAAUGAGUCCCCCUAGCUCCUUAGUUAGGUCCAAGUUGUAAUUUCCUUAGGUUGAUUUACUGUUGAUUAAACUACGGAAGAUCCAACAGUAGUUUGGAAUCUCUUAAGCUGACCAAGCCCUCUUAAACCGACUAACCGACAAACAACUAGUCUUCACCGGGAUAGAAAUCUAAGGCAAUUAACACAGAACUCCACUACUGGAAUUGGAUUCCAAUACAAAGCAGUGAAUUGAUUAACCCUCGUAUAAUCAAUUCACUCCUAUCAAUUGAAGAAGCUCUAACAACCUAAUCAGAUUCUAUCUAUCACAGGUUGAGCAUAAAUCAAGAGAAGUUGACCAGGAUUCAAUUGACUUAAUAAACACACUUCAAUCGAUUAUAAUCAAACAGUAUAUCAAUCCAAAAGUCUUUACAAUCAAGAUCCCUAACACAUGGAAUUAGGGUUCUUCAUACCCAUGUGAGAGAAGGGUCUACUCCAUAGAGAGAGAGAUAAGAAAACAUAAUUCAAAGCAGUCAUACUCAUAAAGAUGUGAAUAAUCUGCUCUAGGAUGUCAAUCUUCACUCCUGGGUGCAAUCUGGGCUUCAAUGGUGAGAAAUCCACUCCAAAUAACUCAUAGGGUUUGUUCUUCGCACUUUCUCUCUCUAGAACUCUGUUUUUUGCUCCAAAAAGUCGAAUCCCUCUCCAAAACCCGAAAUUGGGUUAAAAUGUAGAUGCCUGCAAUUGCACUGCCAGACCGCACGACCGUGCAACCUCCAUGGCUGCCCAUGCACCCCAAAAUGCACCGUUUGAGUCAGUUCCGCCAGGGGAGUGCACGGCCAUUGCACGACCCGUGCAAUCCGAGAGCCUGGCCGUGAAGCUUCUCGCAUAAUUCACCACGGCUAGAAAAUAAGUUGCGCAUGGUCGUGCGAAAACAGGGUCAGGCCAUGCGAAGUCUCGAUAAAUCCUACACGGCCAAAAAGGCCACCAUGCACGACCGUGCGCUUUCCCGUACUGGCCGUGCAACUCGUCUGCUCUCCCUCGCUCAUCCCGAUUUCGCCCAAUCGACCCCAAUGUCGUGCUCAAACCUUCAUUCACGCAUUAGGACCUGAAAUGUCAUAAACAAGAACAACCUAG